UUGGGCGCGACCGCGUGUGUCUUUGAGCCGUUUUCAAAACGCAUGCGCGUAUAAGAAGAGACGCGUCAUUUGCCGGGCGAUGCCACUCGGCUCUCUGGGUUCGUUCUCGGUUUCUUCGGGUUUCUCGGGUUCUCGUCGGCUUUUUACCCCCACCAACGAUUUCCCGACCAGUAAAGUGUAGACGCCAGUCGCCAGUUUGACGCCGGUGGCGAACGAAACGCGUCGUUCCGCUCGGUGCCCGUCCUCGCGCUCGUGGUGAAAAAAAUUCUGUUUCCCUUCGCGUUCCUCGUAUCACAGCCUCCGCGGUAUUUCUUCGCGGAGAUUAUUGCCCCUCAACAACCGCGACGAUCGGGCUCGUCCACCGCACGACGUGAAUACGCGGCUGUUUCGAUUCCCCGUCCAAGGAUUCUCACGUCCUCGCUGAGGUGUGUACGACGAACAGAUGUGCGUUACACACUGUAACCUAACCUAAAAGACAAAGAGUUGUGGGAUGUUGUGUGGAUCUUGUGAUGGAGGAACAUGAUGCGUCGAACUGGUGUUCCCGUCAAUAUUUGAACGUCAAUAGAACGGAGUAAGCCGCAAUUGUCAUCUGUCAAAAUUGCAUCUUCGCCGUUGAAACAUAACAGAGAGAGAGGCGAUAGACUGUCACGUGAUGAACUGGACGACACAACUGUCAAAUAACGAGGAAAACUGGACCAAAACUUUGCCUAAGAAGGCCCCAGCACUAAAAGUCGAAUAAUCCAACGGAACCCGUUAUCCCUGAUCAACGGGGUUACCGGUUACUGGAUUCUGGAUUCUGGAUUUUGCCAGAAAUUUGAUACGCGCAUCCGAUCGAGCGUACCUACGUUGAAGCCGAUAAGGAAGGCGCGUGGAUUUUUGCGGAGCUAGUCGUCGUUCUCCAUGAUUCAGCUGCAGGGUUGACGUGUCGUAUCGUAUCGGGAAGAAGAGGAAAAGGUGCCGGUGGUGCGGGAUCGGAAGGAGAAGGAGGAUACGCGAAGCGAAACAACCGCGAUCACGUCGUUCGUACGUACAGAAGCUAAACGUGGAAGGAAGAUAAAAGAUAAAGGACGAAUCACAUCGCAAAAACCGCAAGACCCUACGUCUCCCCUAAUUGACAGUACGAGGGACGAGAGGGGAAUAUAGAUGUAGAUGUGGUAGCAUGCGCGUAUACGUAUACGUACGGAUAUAAUGGAAACUGGGACGAAACGGGAACAACCAAAAACGAGGCACCGGGUACCCAUGCCUACCGUAUAGGUAUACACCGCUCUUGAAAACCAAACAAACCGCUCAAAUUUACGGCAAAACCCCCCGCGCCUCCUAUCUUUCUCUAUCUCUCCGACUUCGCUUUCGCUAACGAAUGGUUUUUAUUUUAUACCGUGAAAAAAAAACGUCCCAAAAAUUGGGGACGAAUAGGAGGAAAAAAGGAGAACAUUAUUAUAACAGUUGCGAUAAAAUAGGCAAGGCCGGAAAGCGACCGACAACACUUUGUGCCCGUUUGCGGUGUGUACGCGUUGGUUGAGGAACAACCGGAUGGAAGUGGUGAAACUAAUAUCGCCCUCAACUCCGCUAUGAUGGAUGUUCGGGAGAGGAAAGUCAUGUUCAAGGUGUCCGAAGGCUUCGAGUGAUCCAGUUCUCCGUAAUAUAACCCACAUCUACCAACACCACUCGGAUACAGUGCGAGCAUAGAAGUUUGGAAAAAAGUUUUCUCGUAUAUUGUUCGAUAUGAUGUUACCGGUACGAAUCGCCCUGAUGUGAAAUUAAACUAAAACUUUCGUCGUACUUAACCCGAUACUGUCUCGUCGUCGCCAUGAAACCGAGGGCGUUUGGCCCGCGCCAAUAUUAUUGUUGAGUUUGUCUCUUUUCUCCCCCCCUCCCCCCCCCCCCCACAUUUUGUAUAGGAUAAGUUUUUUUUAUUCUCUCAAAUGGGUUAAACCGAUGUAAAAGUAGUUAUGGACGACGCCAUAUCGUGCUUCAGCACCUCACAAAAUGGCGGUGAUCCCGGAGACCCUGAUAAAGCGAUGUAUCUUGUCGAUGAAGAAUCGUUGCAGCAAAUACCGAAGGAGUUCAACAGUGAAACGUACAAAGGUCUCCCCGUUACUCUCCGUCAAAUUUCUUGAGUGCGGCGGAUUCGAGCGCUGCGACGACCGUAGCCACGAGAAAACGUCAGCUACCGCUGCUACCUGGGCUUCCGGUGGCGAAGCUGAAGGUGAAGGUGAACGAAAAAAAAGUGCGGACAUCUCCUCGUCGAGAGAGGAGAAUAAAAAGGAUACUUUUACCCAUCGUUAUCGUUAUCGCGAAUCCCCUCAAGACUCAAAAGUAGUUAGAUCAAUUUUGUCGAACGAACUAAAUCAUUGAAGACGUGCGAGGAUUUUUAAUAAAUAUAUACACAUCGUUUGUUUUAUCGUUUAUUUUACACAGAUAUUAUUUUUCACUUUGAAAUUUUAUUUCUUCUGAGCGUUAAAUUCAUACAAUUGAGAUUGACAAGGCCAAAGUUAGCGCGUUAUUCGUUCAGUGUGGUGGAAGUACCUGUCACCUACAACCUGCAGUCCUCACGUCGCGAGUGUGUUCAGUGCAAUAAUUUGCAUAACGUCAAAUUUUAAAACGCCGUUGUUAGGAUAAUAAACUUUCAUUUAUACACACGGCCGGUGUUUAUCGUCUACGAAAUUCAAAGGUCAAAUGAAAUCUGACGAUAAUUGAUCAAAUGCACGUUGCACAUCGACCGAACUCGACAUACGGAAUCGUGGAGAUACACACAGCUCGCCGCAACCUUAACGGCUGUAUGUGUAAAAAAAAUUAUCCGUAGAUUUGAAAAGAUAUCGAGAUAUGUAUACGCCGUAAUUCUAUACGGUGAGAAUUCGUGGCAACGAAUCACGAGCCAUCAUGUACGUAGAAUACGCUGAAAAGCUGAGAAUUUAUUUUUCAAAUGUACAUAAAUGCAAAAUUUGACUAAUGAUCUUUCAUCGCUACAACAACCGCAGCGUUUGUAAAUAGACGAGAAAAUAAUAAGGGGGAAAAAAAAAAAGAAGAGAAGUAUAUUUUAAAAAAAUAGCAUCGUCAACAAACUAAUAGAUAAACUAAUUGUAUAACAUAGUGAAAGAGUUUUGUCGUUUUUUACCAAUAAUCGCGAUGGUAAGCUCGAGCGGUGAGGCCGGCAUUCCAUUGCUGGGGAACGUCGUUCCAAGGUGUAUCGUCAAACAAACGACCGUAAAAAGAUGCGUCGUCGCAUUGCUCCUCAUAUCCAUCUUCAGCAUCUUCUAUUACACCUAUUACGUCAUCAGCAGCCCGUUUUCCAGCCUCAUACACAGAGACACGAGACCGGAGCCCGCUAUAAGAUGUUCGACCCUUCGAGGAGCCACCAGAUUACCAGCAGCUCCGGACCAUCGCAGCGAAGCUCGGUUACGCAUCGACCCCAAAGUCCUCGUCUUCGUUGAAACCCUGUACUCAAGGUUAGGGCGGGAAAUAGCUGAGUUGCUCGUCUAUAACAGGAUAAAGUACAAGGUGGAGGUCGCCGGGAAAUCUCUGCCGGUGUUGACGAACCUGGACAAAGGCCGUUACGGUGUUCUAGUCUUUGAAAAUUUGAACAAGUAUCUGCAAAUGGACAAAUGGAAUCGAGAACUGCUAGAUAAAUACUGCAGAGAGUAUUCAGUCGGUAUAGUUGGAUUCGCUCCCCCAGGAGAGGAGAGUUUAGUCGGGGCUCAACUCAAGGGGUUUCCACUCUUCAUACACACGAACCUCAAGUUAAAGGACGCGCAGCUCAACGCCGCUUCUCCGAUCUUGCGAUUAACCAGAGCCGGUGAAACAGCUUGGGGACCACUACCGGGUGGUGAUUGGACAAUUUUUCGAGCUAAUCAUAGCACAUACGAACCCUUGGCUUGGGCCUAUAGGUCCACCUUUGAUCUUCCAACGAACAAAAGUCCUCUCGCCACCGUCAUACAGGAUCACGGACGAUUCGAUGGUAUUCAGAGGGUGCUUUUCGGCGGAGGUCUUAGAUUUUGGCUCCAUAAACUUUUGCUACUCGAUUCAUUGUCCUACCUAUCUCACGGCCAGCUGAGUCUCAGUUUGAACCGGAUGAUCCUGGUGGACGUUGACGACAUAUUCGUCGGGGAGAAAGGAACGCGAUUGAAGAAGGACGACGUUUUGGCACUGCUCGCCACUCAGCAGAGAGUUCAAGCGUUGGUGCCGGGGUUCAAAUUCAACUUGGGGUUUUCGGGGAAAUACUUUCACCACGGUACCGCGGCGGAAAAUUAUGGAGACGAUAUGAUUCUGGAGAACGUCGACAGAUUUACGUGGUUUUCUCACAUGUGGAACCAUCAACAACCGCAUCUUUACGAGAAUGUAACUCAUCUUCAGUACGACAUGGCGUUGAAUAAACAAUUCGCCAAAGAGCACGGAAUACCGACGGGAAGUGGUUACAGCGUGAGUCCUCAUCAUUCGGGUGUAUAUCCAGUUCACGAGGGUCUUUACGAAGCAUGGAAAAAAGUAUGGAACAUUAAAGUCACCAGUACGGAAGAAUAUCCUCAUUUAAGACCAGCUCGUCUCAGGAGAGGCUUCAUUCAUAGAAAUAUCAUGGUCUUACCCAGACAAACCUGUGGCUUGUUCACUCACACAAUUUUUAUCGAUCGAUAUCCUGGCGGUAGAGAGAAACUUGACGAAUCGAUACAAGGUGGAGAAUUAUUUCAAACUAUCGUUUACAAUCCGAUCAAUAUUUUCAUGACGCAUAUGUCUAAUUACGGAAACGACCGGCUGGCUCUAUACACGUUUGAAUCAGUGAUCAAGUUCAUUCAGUGUUGGACCAAUUUGCGGCUAUCCAGUGCACCGCCACUGCAACUGGGCGAAAAAUAUUUCCAACUUUAUCCCGAAGAAGCUGAUCCUGUGUGGGGUAAUCCGUGCGACGACCAAAAACAUCAAAAAAUAUGGUCACGUAAUAAGACAUGCGAUCAAUUGCCGAGGUUUUUGGUAAUCGGACCACAAAAAACUGGGACCACCGCUCUUUAUACCUUUCUUUCGAUCCACCCUGCGAUCAGUAGCAAUUUACCAAGUCCCGAUACUUUCGAAGAGAUUCAAUUUUUCAACGGAAAAAAUUACUACAAGGGAUUAGAUUGGUACAUGGCUUUCUUUCCUGUGGCUAAAAAUGAUAGCGCUCGUUACUUGUUCGAAAAAUCUGCGACAUACUUUGACGGCGAACUGGUGCCGCGUAGAUCGCAUGCACUCUUGCCAAAAGCUAAGUUGAUCACAAUUUUGCUCUCUCCAGCGAGGAGAGCUUAUUCCUGGUAUCAGCACACCAGAGUUCACGGUGAUCCUGUCGCUAAUAAUUACUCCUUUCAUCACGUAAUCACUGCUAGUGAUACAGCGCCAAAGCCGCUAAGAGACCUCCGAAACAGGUGUUUGAAUCCUGGAAAAUACGCCCAACAUUUGGAAAGAUGGCUAUCGUAUUACCCGCCGCAACAGUUGCACAUUAUUGAUGGGGAACAAUUGAGACAAAAUCCUGUCGAAACGCUCCACGAGUUGCAAAGGUUUCUCAAAAUAACGCCAGCCUUUAAUUAUUCCACGCACCUCAGGUACGAUCCCAAAAAGGGAUUCUUUUGUCAAGUUACGAACGAGGAUCAUACUAAAUGCCUCGGGAAAAGUAAAGGUCGUCAGUAUCCGCCGAUGGAAGAUAAAUCUUACAAACUGCUGCAGAGGUAUUACUUGUCGCAUAACACUGCGUUGGUAAAGCUUCUGAAACGCCUCAGUUCUAGAACGAUACCGCAAUGGUUGAAGGAUGAUCUCACAGAUACGGUGAUGACCUAGCUACCUGCCGCGGCAGCGACAGCGGCAGCAACACUACCUAAUGUAAUUUGUUAUAUCUUUUGCUUCUUUGCGAAGCAUUGUAUAUUGCUACGGCAGAUCUGUAAUUAAAUGUAUAUUGAAUAUUUUAAUAACAUUUUUAUCGAAGAGAGGAAUCAGAAAAAGGCCUACUCAGUGAAGCCUAUUUAAUAAUAAAAAUGCAAAGCAAAACUAGUCAAUAAGAAUUAUUGAUGGGAAAGGUAAGUAUAUUGUUCGCGAGAUGUUAUGAAUUCCCAUAUUAUACGCCAGUGCCAUGUGUUAUU